AUGUCUACCGCUGCCCACCUUGAGACGUAUGGUCAGACUGAGCGAGUCAAUCGCGCCUUAAAAAUUGGGUGCAUAGCUUCGCUACUUCGUUUGCGUCAUGGAGCUCUUGUCUUUCCAUGGCCGAAUAACUUGGUGCCGGCGGCGUCUUUACGCGUAAUCCUUGACGACUCACUAGACGUUGCUCAGACUCUCGCUGCUGCUCAGCGCGAGGUUACUUCGCCUGCCAUAGCCGAUGCGACUGAGACGCCAAUUAUAAAACGCCGUGCAACUCAACUAGUUCUGUCACUGGCGAUUAUAGCGUUCGUGCAACAGCGUCAGUACGUUAAGCGGUUUAUGCGCAACUCUAUCACCUCUGCAAUAUACAAACAUAAGGCGUCCGUUGAUCAACGCGGACGCAAGAAUCUCGAGAAGUUUAAGGUUGGUGACUCUUUUCUGCUCUAA